CCCCGCGGCUGUUCCGCCGCCUCGCCGCCCCUCCCCCCGGCCGGAGCUCACUGUCUCCAAGAUGGCGGCCGUGUCAGUUUGGGGCAUCUCCGCGGUCCGGCCCGGGGCCCCGGGAACCCGCCGCUCUCCCUCCCCGGCAUAAGAUGCACAUUUUUCUGUUGGGAAUGAGAUGUUCUUAAGUUCUUACAACUUUAUGAAGAGACCCAUGUGUGGUGCUAUUGAGAAAUUUGUUGGGAAGUUUGAAGACAUUUCAGAUAACAGGUUGUUUUGGUUUCUAAAGUAAAAGUGGGGAGGCACUCCGUUUUGUAAAAGGAGGAAGGACUCAGGCCAGAAAACUUGUAUGCUAUGGUUAACUGGUUCCCAGCCUCCGGGAAUGUUGUUUUCCAUGGUGUAAAACUUACUCAGCAUCAGGAUAAGGGAUAACGACUCUAUGGAUAUACAGAAUCCUUCAUCAUGGUAAAACUCGCCAACCCGCUGUAUACGGAGUGGAUUUUGGAGGCCAUCAAAAAAGUAAAGAAGCAAAAACAGCGUCCUUCAGAAGAAAGGAUAUGCAAUGCAGUGUCUUCAUCCCAUGGCUUGGAUCGUAAAACUGUUUUAGAACAAUUGGAGUUGAGUGUCAAAGAUGGAACAAUUUUGAAAGUCUCAAAUAAAGGACUCAAUUCCUAUAAAGAUCCUGAUAAUCCUGGGCGAAUAGCACUUCCUAAACCUCGAAACCAUGGAAAAUUGGAUAAUAAACAAAAUGUAGACUGGAAUAAACUGAUCAAGCGGGCAGUUGAGGGCUUGGCAGAGUCCGGUGGCUCAACUUUGAAAAGCAUUGAACGUUUUUUGAAAGGUCAAAAGGAUGUGUCUGCAUUAUUUGGAGGCGGUGCUGCCUCUGGCUUUCACCAGCAGUUACGAUUGGCUAUUAAACGCGCCGUUGGCCACGGCAGACUCCUUAAAGAUGGACCUCUUUAUCGGCUCAACACUAAAGCAGCCAGUGUGGAUGGGAAAGAGAGUUGUGAGUCUCUUUCCUCUUUACCUCCAGUGUCACUCCUUCCACAUGAAAAGGAUAAGCCGGUUGCUGAACCAAUCCCCAUCUGUAGUUUCUGUCUUGGUACAAAAGAACAAAACCGAGAAAAGAAGCCAGAGGAACUCAUCUCCUGUGCAGACUGUGGCAACAGUGGUCAUCCAUCCUGUUUAAAGUUUUCCUCCGAACUAACGGUUAGAGUGAAGGCCUUACGGUGGCAGUGCAUCGAGUGUAAAACGUGCAGCUCCUGUCGAGAUCAAGGCAAAAAUGCAGAUAACAUGCUCUUUUGUGAUUCCUGUGACCGAGGUUUUCACAUGGAGUGUUGUGAUCCGCCACUCACCCGGAUGCCAAAAGGCAUGUGGAUAUGUCAGAUAUGUCGACCUAGGAAAAAAGGACGAAAACUUCUGCAGAAGAAGGCGGCACAGAUAAAACGGCGCUAUGCUAAUCCAAUAGGACGUCCAAAAAACAGGUUAAAGAAACAAAACACGGUGUCAAAAGGUCCCUUCAGCAAAGUUCGAACAGGCCCUGGAAGGGGUCGGAAACGAAAAAUCACUCUCUCCAGCCAGUCAGCAUCAUCAUCAGAAGAAGGAUACCUAGAGCACAUAGAUGGCUUGGACUUCUGCAGAGACGGCAGUGUCCCCUUGAAGCUCAAUAAGAAAACCAAAGGGCUCAUCGAUGGCCUUACCAAAUUCUUUACCCCGUCCCCUGAUGGGCGGAAGCCCCGCGGGGAAGUGGUAGACUACUCUGAGCAAUACAGAGUCAGGAAAAAGGGCAGCAGGAAGGCGAGCACUUCAGAGUGGCCCACAGACAAUCAGGAUGGCUGGGAUGGCAAACAAGAAAGUGAGGAGCGGCUUUUUGGGAGCCAGGAAAUCAUGACUGAGAAAGAUAUGGAAUUAUUUCGUGAUAUCCAAGAACAAGCACUGCAGAAAGUUGGAGUGACUGGUCCCCCUGACCCACAAGUCCGCUGUCCCUCUGUUAUUGAGUUUGGGAAGUAUGAAAUUCACACCUGGUACUCGUCUCCAUAUCCUCAAGAGUACUCAAGGCUGCCUAAGUUGUAUCUCUGUGAAUUCUGUCUAAAAUAUAUGAAAAGUAGAACUAUUCUACAGCAGCACAUGAAGAAAUGUGGUUGGUUCCAUCCUCCUGCUAAUGAGAUUUAUAGAAAGAAUAACAUUUCUGUCUUUGAGGUUGAUGGGAAUGUGAGUACCAUUUAUUGUCAGAACCUGUGUCUCUUGGCAAAGUUGUUUCUUGACCACAAAACACUCUAUUAUGAUGUGGAGCCAUUUCUUUUUUAUGUACUAACUCAGAAUGAUGUCAAGGGCUGCCACCUCGUUGGCUACUUUUCUAAAGAAAAGCACUGUCAACAGAAAUAUAACGUUUCCUGUAUAAUGAUUCUUCCCCAGUACCAACGCAAGGGCUAUGGGAGGUUUCUCAUCGAUUUCAGUUAUUUGUUAUCAAAGCGCGAAGGCCAAGCAGGGUCUCCAGAGAAACCAUUAUCUGAUCUAGGUCGUCUUUCCUACAUGGCUUAUUGGAAAAGUGUAAUAUUGGAGUGCCUUUAUCACCAAAAUGACAAGCAAAUCAGCAUUAAGAAGUUAAGUAAGUUGACUGGAAUCUGCCCUCAAGACAUUACUUCCACACUCCACCACCUGCGGAUGCUGGACUUCCGGAGUGACCAAUUUGUGAUUAUUCGCCGGGAAAAACUUAUCCAGGAUCACAUGGCAAAGCUCCAGCUGAAUCUGCGGCCUGUGGAUGUAGACCCAGAGUGUUUGCGCUGGACUCCUGUCAUAGUCUCCAAUUCCGUCGUCUCGGAGGAAGAGGAGGAGGAGGAGGAAGAGGAGGAGGAGGAGGAGGAAGGAGAACAGGAAGAGCCUCAGAGCCAGGAAGGAGGAUUAGAGCCGAGUGUGGGAAAGUCGGCAUCUCGUGAGAACAAAGAACAAGAUUCUUAUUCUUCAGUGGAAAGUGAAAAGAAACCAGAAGUUACAGCACCAGCCAGUUCUACGCGUUUGAACAAACAGGUCCUUCCCCGUGACAGUCUUCCUGCCAAUAGUCAGCCGCCUCGGAGAGGCCGCUGGGGGAGGAAGAACAGAAAAGCCCAGGAACGCUUUGGUGACAAGGAUUCGAAACUGCUCUUGGAAGAGACAUCAGCUCCUCAGGAACAAUAUGGAGACUGUGAGGAAAAAUCAGAAACCUCCCAAGAACAGUACAUGGAAAGCGAGGAGCAGUUGGCAUCCUUGCAGGCGCAGCCGAGCCAGGACGGGAAGCCAGACAUUCCCAAAAGAAGACCCAGUGAGGGGCUCGAGCUCUGGCGAGGACCGCUGAAGAAAAGCCCUGAGCCUCUGAAGUGUGGGCUGCCUGAAGGCCACGACAGGCUGCCCCGGCGCUACAGUGAUGCACGCUAUGGCGACGGGGACAGGGCUCUCCUGCGGGGCUGCAGCGAGAGCAGUGAGGAGGAGGAGGAGCCCGAGAGCCCGCGGUCCAGCUCGCCCCCCGUCCUCACCAAGCCCACGCUGAAGCGGAAGAAACCAAUUCUUCACCGAAGAAGGAGAGUCCGGAAGCGCAAACACCACAACAGCAGUGUGGUCACGGAAACCAUUUCUGAGACCACGGAGGUCUUAGACGAGCCUUUUGAAGACUCAGACUCCGAGAGGCCGAUGCCAAGGCUAGAACCCACGUUUGAGAUUGAUGAGGAGGAAGAGGAAGAGGAUGAGAACGAGCUCUUCUCUCGAGGGUACUUCCGCCGCUUGUCCUCACAGGACGUUCUCAGGUGUCGCUCCGCUUCUAAGAGGAAGUCUAAAGAUGAAGACGAUGACGAAGAGUCAGAUGAUGCUGAUGACACUCCUAUCCUAAAGCCAGUAUCUCUCUUGAGAAAAUGUGAUGUGAAGGAUUCUCCACUUGAGCCAGAUACAUCCACGCCCAUGAAAAAGAAGAAAGGAUGGCCCAAGGGCAAGAGCCGCAAACCAGUCCACUGGAAGAAGAGACCUGGUCGCAAGCCAGGAUUUAAGUUGAGUCGGGAGAUGGUGCCCAUCUCAACUCAAGAGUGCGUUGUUGAGCCCGUUGUCCCCCUUCCUAAACCUGGACGUAAACCCCAAAUUCCAGAGAAUGAAGAAACUGUCGAACCAAAAGAAGACUUGCCGUUAACAGAGGAAAGGAAGGAAGAGGAAGAGCUGCCCCUUGAAGUGGAGGAGGUCGAGGAGGGGGAGGAGGAGGACACCACCAGCAGUGACAUCAGGGUGGCCUCUCCGGCAGACAGCAGCAGCCCCGAGACCGAAGCCAAGGAGCCCGAGGCAGGCGAGGAGGAGGAGGAGAAGCCCCGCGUCCCCACGGAGCAGAGGCCGUCAGAGGAGGAGCCCGCGGAGACGGUGCGGCAGGAGCGUGAGGAGGAGGAGGAGGGCACGGCUGCAGAGACCAACCAGAGUGAGGACCACGAUGCGGAUGAUGAAGAUGACGGCCACCUGGAGCCCGCGAAGAAGGAGGAGCCUGAGGAGCCACCGGCUCGGGAGGAUCCCAAGGAGGAGCCUGGCGGCCAGGAGUCUUUUUUAGAUCCUAAUGUGCAGAGCAGUCGGGAGCACACAAAAGACAAGGAGGAGACAGAGCCAGAUUCUGAGGAGGAGCAGACUUCCCAGGAAGCGUCGGUGGUGUCGGAGCAUGUGCCUGGCUCUGAGGACGACCACGAGGAGGACUCACACCCUAAAGAGGAGCUGCUGGGGCUGAAGGAGGAGGAGGAGAUCCCGCACAGCGAGCUGGACCUGGAGACCGUGCAGGCUGUGCAGUCUUUGACUCAGGAGGAGGGCGGCGAGCACGCAGGCGCCUACCAGGACUGCGAGGAGACCCUGGCGGCCUGCCAGACCCUGCAGAGCUACACCCAGGCCGACGAGGACCCGCAGCUGUCCCUGGUGGAGGACUGCCACACUUCAGACCACAACAGCCCGCUGUCUUCUGUCCAGUCCCACCCCAGCCAGUCGGUGCGCUCCGUCAGCAGCCCCAGCGUGCCCGCCCUCGAGGGGGGCUACACCCAGAUCAGCCCCGAGCAGGGAUCCCUGUCCGCGCCGUCUAUGCAGAACAUGGAGACCAGCCCCAUGAUGGAUGUGCCUUCCGUAUCAGACCACUCCCAGCAGGUGGUGGACAGCGGCUUCAGCGACCUGGGCAGCAUCGAGAGCACCACGGAGAACUACGAGAACCCCAGCAGCUACGACUCCACCAUGGGCGGCAGCAUCUGCGGGAACAGCUCCUCCCAGAGCAGCUGCUCCUACGGCGGGCUGUCGUCCUCCAGCAGCCUCACCCAGAGCAGCUGCGUGGUCACCCAGCAGAUGGCCGGCAUGGGCGGCAGCUGCAGCCUGAUGCCCCAGAGCAGCGCCCCGCCCGCCGCCAGCUGCAGCAUCAAGUCCCCGCAGAGCUGCGCCGUGGAGAGGCCUCCCAGCACCCAGCAGCCGCCCCCGCCGCCGCCGCCCCAGCCGCAGCCGCCGCCGCCCCAGCCGCAGCCGCCGGCCCCGCAGCCGCCGCCGCCCCAGCAGCCGCCCCCGCCGCCCCCGCAGCCCCAGCAGCCCCCGGCCCCGCCGCAGCCCCCGCUGUCCCAGUGCAGCAUGAACAACAGCUUCCCCCCCACCCCCAUGAUCAUGGAGAUCCCGGAAUCUGGAGGCACGGGCAACAUCAGCAUCUACGAGAGGAUUCCCGGGGACUUCGGGGCCGGCAGCUACUCCCAGCCGUCGGCCACCUUCAGCCUCGCCAAGUUGCAGCAGCUGACCAACACCAUCAUGGACCCUCACGCCAUGCCUUACAGCCAUUCUCCUGCUGUGACUUCCUAUGCAACCAGCGUUUCUCUGUCCAACACGGGACUGGCUCAGCUGGCUCCAUCCCACCCCUUAGCUGGGACCCCGCAAGCACAAGCCACCAUGACGCCGCCCCCAAACUUGGCCCCCACCACCAUGAACCUCACGUCCCCUCUGCUGCAGUGCAACAUGUCUGCCACCAACAUUGGCAUUGCCCACACUCAGAGGCUGCAAGGGCAGAUGCCGGUCAAGGGGCACAUCUCCAUCCGCUCCAAGUCCGCGCCCCUGCCCUCCGCGGCGGCUCACCAGCAGCAGCUGUAUGGCCGCAGCCCACCCGCGGUCGCCAUGCAGGCUGGCCCUCGCGCAUUGGCUGUUCAGCGUGGCAUGAACAUGGGGGUUAAUUUGAUGCCAACCCCCGCCUAUAAUGUCAAUUCCAUGAAUAUGAACACCUUGAAUGCCAUGAACAGCUAUCGAAUGACACAGCCCAUGAUGAACAGCAGUUACCAUAGUAACCCUGCCUACAUGAACCAGACAGCACAGUAUCCUAUGCAGAUGCAGAUGGGGAUGAUGGGGAGCCAGGCCUACACCCAGCAGCCUAUGCAGCCAAACCCUCAUGGAAACAUGAUGUACACUGGCCCCUCCCAUCACAGCUACAUGAACGCUGCUGGCGUGCCCAAGCAGUCACUCAACGGACCUUACAUGAGAAGAUGAGCACGGCAAACUUGCAGUGAGGAACUUAAAUAUAUAUAAAUAAAGGAACCUUUUAUACUGACAAACCAGAGAAAAAUGGACCUUUUUUCCAGUUAAAAUAUUGCUGUAGAUUUAGAGGAAUUUUUCUUUGGUUUAUUUUAUUUUUUAGAAAACCUGGUCUUCUCUUUUUCGGGGGGUUCAUUUUGUUCUGGGUUUUGGUUUUCUUCACAAUCUUGAACAUUUUACAAUAGAACUCAUCUAAAAAUGGAUUUGGGGAUGGGGAAACAUGCACAAAAAUCUUUUCAUAAUUAAAAAGAGCCUUACUUUCUUUACACACCACAUGGACAGAAUUUGUGUAAAAGUGAAUUAUCUUUAUUUUAUUUUAAGAUGUAUGUUUCCCCUCAGUGUUUGCAGCUCCCAGUGUUGUCAUUUUUAAAUGUUAUAUAUACAUCUCGAGGGUUAGCCAGACCCUUUCCUCCACACCCAGCCUUUCAUUCCCUACUUCAUUCCAGCAGGAGGCACUUACGGGAGACUCGGACGGGGACAUGGAGAACAACCCAAGCUCCUUAAACUUAUUAUUAUUGUUAAUAUUAUUAUUAUUAUUAAUAAAGUGAGGCAGGAAAAUGCUUCUCCUCUUAAAAUCCCCUCCACUCCCUACACAUACACAUAUAUACACACACACACACACACACACACACACCCCUCUUGAAACCUUCCCCCAAGAAUGUUUCUUUAUAGAUGGACUUCAUUGAAACGUUUGUUUUUCUUAAUCAAGUGUAAUAUAAUUUUUUUAAACUACUCCCACUCAACACUCAGAGACACAAAAAUACUGUAAGUCUCAAUUAACAGCAGAAUCUCAGAGGAGAGCUCUUUGCAAUCCUAAUCCAGCCUUGGAGGAAUAGAUGGUCAAUUAACAAUCAAAAAGAGGAAACUAACCUCUUGUUUUUUACCGCCUGGUGAAUCAGCCAUAGUGCUAUUCCACGCAGCCUCUUGUUUUUAGUAUGUACUUUGAGAUGCUAAGGGUCUUGAUUCUUGAGCCUUUGACUCUGAGUAAACUCAAACAGCAGUCCCCAGUGAUUAGCCUCUUACAUUCUCGCAUAAAGGGUUGGUGGAUGACUGCAUGUCAGUGACUCGGGAAAUACCUGACUAACCUUUGACACUGUUUACUUUGUGUUGGAAGAGGUGACGCAGAAUGUGUGUCGUGAGGGAGAUCGUGGUGUGAGUUUUAUAGCUACUUCAGUGAUACAUACCUCUAGUUUUCCUUUGUCUUUUGAGAUCCUGAGUUCCUCCCCUGUGAAUCAGAGUGCACCAGCCCCUCUCCUGUGAGUGGCUGAAGAGAAGAGGGAAAAACCAACCACCAGCAUAGUAGGGCAAAUCUGGACAGCAGGGUUUUAGCAGGCUCCUAUGUUGCUCCCAACUUCGUUCUCUUUUCUCUUGUGCAGCCAGUUCGCCCAUUCUCUUCUUGUUACUUGCUCCAGGGAUAGGUAAAAAAUAUAUAUACAUAUAUACGUAUAUAUAUAUACACACGUAUAUAUACAUAUAUAUGUUCCAUCAUUGGAAGAUGGACACUAUUAUACCACUUGGUAUGUGCAGUCAAAUAUCCAAAAGGGGGAAGUACUGCUUAAAGAAAUACCUGUAAGCAUUAAAUUCUCUCCUUUAUUUGUACAUUUUAUAUAGAUAAAUUUUUGAAGUACCAAUUAGGCAUUAAAUUUUUUCAAAUGCACAGGUUUGUUGGGUUUUUUUAUACACUUUAAUUGACUUUCUCAAUUAAACGUGUUAGGUAGAAAAAGGCAGAAUUCCACAUCUUACCGCUAUCGAUUCUGAGCAUGUGCAAGGCUGUGUAGGACCCAGUUUCUCUGUAUAUACUGUUCCAGUUCCCAGUCCUCUGUGUAGAACGUGCACUGUGCUGCCCUCUGCCUACUCUUCAGCGCUGUCAUUGCUUCCUGG